AUGAUUUGCCUUAUUCUACCAGCUCACGAGCUUUAUGUCAAAGAUCUUGCUCAGUCUGAAUAUUCCAGUGACAACCACAUUAUGGCAGAGGAUCAUAUCAAGACAGUUAACAUUGGUGUUGUUAUUGACAUGGGAUCUUGGAUUGGUAAGAGCAUCCUUUGCUGUAUUAAAAUGGCAAUUUCUGACUUUUAUGCUUCGAAACAGCACAACAAAACACAGCUUGUUCUUCAUUCCAGGGACUCCAGGGGAGAUCCAAGGCAUGCUAUUUCUUCAGCUGCUGAACUUCUGGAAAGUGUCAAGUUGCAAGCAUUGAUCAUGGGGCCCGAAACAGUCCUGGGAACAAAAUCUUUGGGCGCUUUGGGAAACAAAGCCAACAUUCCAAUAUUUUCUUUUUCAUCAAUCCCCUCAUCCCCUCAUCCUUUCCUGAUUCAAGUAAGCCAAGACGAAACCUUACAAUUUAAGGCCAUUGCAAGCAUCUUAAGUUGGCAUGAAUGGAGAACUGUGUCUGUCAUUUACGAAGAUACUGAUGAUGCAAAGUAUUCCGUACCACAUCUUGUUGGAUCCUUUCAAGAGAGAAGCAUCCGUGUCUCUCACCGAACAGCCAUUUCUCCUUUCUCAACCGAUGAUCAAAUCCUGGAUGAGCUUCAUAAGCUUGCUAAUCUGCAACAAAUAAUUUUCGUUGUCCACCUGUCACCAUCGAAUACAUAUCGUUUGUUUUCUAUGGCAAAGGGACUUGGAAUGAUGAGAGAAGGGUAUGUAUGGAUUGUAAGUGACAAGACUAUGAACCAACUUUCAUCUGCAGAUUGGGGAGCGGUUCAGUCAAUGCAGGGAGUGGUGGGAGUGAAGGCUUAUAUUCCAUCCACAAGUAAGUUGCAAGACUUCAGUUUGAGAUGGAAAAAGGAAUGCUACAGAAAUAACCCUAAAGUCGAAUAUGGGGAAGUAGAUGUGCUAGGUAUUUGGGCAUAUGAUGCAGUUUGGGCACUUGCUGAGAAUAUUGAAGUACUGGGGCACACUACUACUGGUAAAGAACUUCUAGAUGUAUUUGCAAGAACAAAAUUUUCUGUGUUGAGCGACCAACACAUUGUGGAUGGGAGACUACAUUCGGAAGCAUUUGAACUAGUAAAUGUAAUAGGCAAGGGGGAAAGGAGUGUUGGGUUUUGGACUUUAAACCAUGGCUUAGUUAAGAGGAGGAGUCUAUCUUCAGAAAGGUUUGGCCUUGAAGAAGCCAUUGUAUGGCCAGGGAUCACAACCGUUGCUCCAAGAGGCCGUCUAAUGUUAGCGAAUGGCAGAAAGCUAAGGAUUGCAGUUCUAAACAGUUCGGGAUUCAAAGAACUCUUAUAUGUGCAGCAAAACAACAACACUAAUACAGCUAGCAUCACUGGCUUCUGCGUGGAUGUCUUUCAUGCCGUAAUUGAUACAUUGGAUUAUCAAGUAGCUUUUGAGUUUAUUCCGUACGUUGACCAGCAUGGGAACAAUCUUGGUAGCUAUAGUAAUCUUGUAUACGAAUUAUAUCUCGAGAAAUAUGAUGGCAUCAUUGGAGACAUUACAAUCACAGGAAGUAGAAGUGUGUAUGUGGACUUCACAGUUACUUACACAGAUUUAGGCACCGGAACCAUAAUAAAACGAGAAAGCAGUGACAGUGACUUUUGGCUUUUCUUGAGGCCCCUGCAUCCUGAUCUAUGGUUUGGCAUUGCUGCCUUCCCAGUCCUAACCGGAUUGGUGGUUUGGAUUAUUGAACAUUCUUCUAAUAAAGAGUUCCAGGGUUCAGUAGCUUAUCAAAUUGGAACAAUCUUAUGGUUUGGCUUUUCAACCCUUUUCUAUGCUCAGAGGGAAAGGUUGUCAAGUAACUUGUCAAGGUUGGUUGUGAUCGUUUGGCUCUUUGCAGUGCUUAUACUGACUUCGACUUACACUGCUACCUUGAGUUCUAUGUUGACGGUGCAAAAGAUUCAGCUUGGAUUGGAAGGGGAGUACAUAGGAACUCAUGCAGAUUCUUUUGUAGGACGAACUAUUGCCAACAACCUUAAUUUUAAAGAUGACCGGCUUCAGUUAUACGGCUCGCCUGAGGAAUAUGCAGAUGCUUUAUCCAGAGGAAUUAAGAAAGGUGGCAUUGGCGCCAUCAUUGAUGAAAUUCCUUACCUCAAAGUCUUUCUGGCAAAGUAUGGGAAUAAAUAUGCCAUGGUUGCAACCCAAUCUACAACCAGUGGAUUUGGAUUUGCAUUUCAGAAGAAGCAUUCCAGAAAAAAAUAUGCACAGCUGGUUUCUGAUUUGUCACAAGCAAUUAUAAAGCUAAGAGAGGAAGGACAACUAGCAAAAAUGGAGAAUACAUGGAUAAAGAGUGCAUCAUCUUUCAUGACUGAGGCGGGAAAUGCUGCUACAAGACCUAGUACUUUGAAUUAUCAAAGUUUUCGUGGCUUAUUUAUCAUUACUUCAGCGUGUUCUGGUUUCGUAAUAUUCAUGCGCCUUGUCUUCAUCAUCCUAAAGAGAUUAGGUUACUUGGAAGGAAUGGGGAGUCGGGCCCGAAUUCCGUUCCUGAAACUACGGGUAUUGUUUUUCAUUAUCAGCCUUCUUCCACCAGCCCACGAGCUAAGUUUGGUCGAUGGCGAUUUUGCUCCGUCUGAUCAUUCCGAUAAUAACAGCAGCAUGAUGACACCGCUGCAAAACGAGAAUGUUAACGUUGGAGUUGUUAUUGACAUGGGAUCUUGGAUUGGUAAGAGCAUCCACAGCUGUAUUGAAUUAGCCAUCUCUGAUUUCUGUGCUUCGAAACUUCACUGCAACAAAACUCGGUUAGUUCUUCACACAAGGGACUCCAGGGGAGAUCCCAAACAUGCUAUUUCUUCAGGUCAGUUUUCUGUUGCGCAAUUUUCUAUUGCUCUUCUGGAAAACAUCAAGGUGCAGGCAUUGAUCGUUGGGCCAGAAACAGUCCUGGAAACCAAAUAUUUGGGGGCACUAGGAAACAAGGCCAAAGUUCCCAUCUUUUCUUUUUCUUCAACACCCCUGUCAUCCCCUGCUGAUGAAUAUCCUUUCUUCAUCCAAAUAAACCAAGAUGAAAAGUUACAGUUUAAGGCCAUUGCAAGCAUAUUAAUUUCGCACCAAUGGAAAACUGUCUCAGUGAUCUACGAUGAUACUGAGGAUGGAAGAUACUCCAUUCCAUCCCUGGUUGGAUCCUUCCAAGAGAGGGGAAUUCGUGUUAGUCACAGAACAGCCGUUUCUCCUUUCUCAAAUGAUGAUCAAAUCCUGGAUAAGCUUCAUAAGCUCUCAAUUCUGCAACAAACAAUUUUCGUCGUGCACUUGUCAGCUUCCAGUACAUAUCGUCUGUUUCCAAUGGCGAAAAGACUUGGAAUGAUGAAAGAAGGGUAUGCCUGGAUUGUAACUGACAGGACUAUGAACCAACUUCAGUAUGGAAAUGGAGAAGUGAUCCCGUCAAUGCAGGGAGUGGUGGGAUUGAAGGCAUAUAUUCCGUCCUCAAGUAAGCUGCUAGACUUCAGCCUGAAAUGGAAAAAGGAAUUCUACAGUAAGAACCCUUCUGUUGAGUUCGGGGAACUAAAUGUCCUAGGCGUUUGGGCAUACGACACGAUUUGGGCACUGGCUGAGAAAUUCGACAGGCAUGAAUAUAGUAGUGGUAAAAGGCUUCUAGAUGAUUUUGCACGAACAAGAUUUUCCAGGUUGAGUGGCGAAUUUGAAAUCAUGGAUGGAAGACUACAUUCUGAAUCAUAUGAAGUUGUGAAUGUAAUAGGGAAAGGAGAAAGGAGUGUUGGGUUUUGGAGUUUAAAGCAUGACAUGGUUGAUAGGAGCGGUCUAUCGAGUUCUAGUACUUCACCAAUAGUUGGUCUUGAUGGACCCAUUGUGUGGCCUGGAAUCACAACAGCUGCUCCAAGAGGCCUGCUCAUGCUAGCAAAUGGUAGAAAACUAAGAAUAGCAGUUAUUAUCAAUGAGGGAUUUGAACAAUUUGUAAGCCUGAAGCAGAAUAGUGUUACGAACAGAAGUGGCUACACGGGCUUAUGCAUAGAUGUGUUUCUCGCUGUAAUGGAUUCACUACCUUAUCAGGUAGCUUUCGAGUUCAUUCCAUGGAAGGAUAUACAAGUCAACAACGGCAGUUAUAAUGAUCUUGUGUACCAAUUAUAUCUUGAGAGGAUUGAUGGUCUCUUAGGGGACGUCACAAUAACAGGUAAUAGAAGCCUGUACGCGGAUUUCACAGUUACAUACACCGAUAUAGGCAUUGGAACCAUAAUAAAACGAGGAAACAAUGAUGAUAUUUGGUUUUUCUCGAAGCCCCUUCAGCCUGAUUUAUGGGUGGUCAUCGUUGCGUUCUUAGUCCUAACUGGAUCGGUGGUUUGGCUCAUUGAACAUUCUUCUAAUCCAGAAUUUCAGGGUCCUGUGAUUCAUCAAAUUGGAACCAUAAUAUGGUUUGGCUUUUCAACCCUUUUUUAUGCUCAUAGGGAACGUUUGACAAGUAACUUGUCAAGCGACAUUGAGCUCUACGUUGACGUUGCAAAAGAUUCAACUCGGAUCGGCAGGAAAUAUGCAGAUGCAUUAUCCAAGGGGAGUAAGAGAGGUGGUGUUGACGCCAUCGCUGAUGAGAUCCCCUACCUCAAAAUCUUUUUGGCAAAAUAUGGGGAUGAAUAUGCCAUGGUUGCAACCCAAUCUAUCACAAAUGGAUUUGGAUUUGCAUUUAGUAAGAAGCAUUCUCAGCUGGUUUCUGACAUGUCACAAGCAAUCAUAAAACUGAGGGAAGAAGGAAAACUUGCAGAAAUGGAGGACAGAUGGAUAAAUCAGAGAUCUUCCCUCGUGCCUAAUGCCGAAAAUGCUGCUACACAACCAACUAUAUUGAACCUACGUAAUUUUGGUGGAUUGUUCCUGAUAUGCAGUUCGUGUUGUGCUUUAGUCCUCCUCAUACGCCUCGGUUCCGUCCUCCUAAACAAGUUGGAAUACUUGAGAAAUAUGAUUAGGGUUCUUCGAGAUGGAGGAGCUAUAUUGACAUACAUGCUCAACAAGAUUGCCCCUACACACAGGCCGAUCCAAACACAUUGA